ACGGCACACAGGAGAGAACGGCUACUAACUUCUUCGGCGAAUCAAAAUGCUAGACGGCUAAUGUUUGUUUUGGUUUGCUUCGGCCUUCAUUAGUGGUGCUCACAGUGCUCUCUUGCAUUUUUUUUCCGUUCACACGUAGGUAUGAAAUUUGCAAACAUUCGCUCGGUCUUGGCUUGUGUACAUACCAGAGAAAAGUCGGGAAAAUCGAUCGGUCGGUCAGUGUGAAAACGUCACCCACAGGCGACAGGAUACGUGGGAGAAAGAGUGCAAAAUUCCACCCAGGAAGAAAAACUUGGUAGCAGGAAGCAGGUUUUAUUUUGCAGUUUUCUAUCCGAUGGAAUCUGCUAGAGUAACAUAAUAAAAAGUGACCGUGCAUUUACUGAAGAAAACUUGUUUGUUUCGGUAUUCGUAAUACCGUUGUUUAAAUACUGUGAAGGCUUGACUAAACCGUUUGGGGAAAGAACAGCAAUCGAUUAGUGGGCGCAUCCUGUGUACGAAUGGUGAUUGCGGUAAAAAAUGAAUUUUGCUGCGAACGGGGAAGAGACUGUCCUUCACGAAGCUGGAUCAUCUGUAAAUAGGUAAACAGCUGCUAUCCGAUGACCACGAUCACGUUACGAAACGGCUUCAGUCCAGCACAUCAUCAUAAAACAAGAUUCUUUCUUGUAAUGAUGCGUCUAAACCUGAAGUUUCUGCUGAUAUGCUUGUGCUUCGCCGUAUUCCUGAUCACGUUCACCCUGUGGACGAACUGCGGCGGAGAUCUGCCGUUCGCUCGCGCACUGGUGCCCAAGUGGAGUCAUCGAUACGAUAACGAUAAUCAGCUAGAGCUGACGGAGGAAAUCGACUGUGUCAUCAAUCAGGAGUAUACGAUCGGUUGCAGGCGUGAAGGCGAUGAAGUGUACCUGCCGUUCUCCUUUCUGAGCAAGUACUUCGAAGUUUACGGUUCGCUCAACUCGGUGGACGGAGUCAAACGGUUCGACUGGUCCCAUAGCUAUGGAAAGGUUAAUCAGCCCAAGGGAACCUACGAUCCAAAGGGCAUAUUUAUGUACUUCGAAAACUACAACGUUGAGAUGAGGGACCGGGUAAAGUGUAUCAGUGCCAUCGAAGGCGUUCCGAUUUCGACGCAAUGGGAAAGCCAAGGUUACUAUUACGCAACACAGAUCGCACAGUUCGGACUGUCGCAUUACAGUAAAAACCUGACGGAACCAGAGCCCAGGCGAAAGGCAGUGGAAGACGGUGACAAAGAGUUGGCGGAAUGGAGAGUGCCCAGAAACAGUUCGCUAAGCAGAUCAUAUGCAAAAGAUAAGGACACAACGGUGGUACAUUUCUCCACCGGUAAACACUUUGACAGUGCGAUCACGCUCCCGAUGGAUCACGUUUUGGAUUUGGUGUUGAGUGUGAAUCUGCUUUUGCGACCGAACUCGAGCUUCACAGUAACGCUGCAAAAUCGAGAAACACAAAAGCUGUACAAUGUUAUUUAUAUUUUGGCGGAUCUGAUGAUCAGCGUGCAAGAUGACAAUAUUUACUACGGUAUUGGACACAACAAUACGUCGAGCUGGCGAAGGUUAACCAGAGAUCUCUUCGUGGAUCUACAAAAGGGCCUUCCACAAUAUAUCAACACUGAGAAACGACGCAAGAUGCGUCGGACGGAGCUAAAAGUAGUGGAAAUUUCAUUCCUCGGAAACGGUAGCUUCGACAACUUAACGCUGUCGACCAGUGAACAUAUCAGUCAUUUCUACGAUGCCGCGGAGUGGUUCAUACGGCAUCAAGACCAAACCACUGGAGGGUGGCCUAUUCCUGUGAGGAGAAAACUUGGUGUUGGUUUUGGCGAGCUAUCCCGCGGAUGGUAUUCUGCAAUGUCGCAAGGUCACGCCAUCUCUUUGUUGGCUAGAGCGUACUAUCACUCUCAAGGCGAUACGCGCUACCUGAAGGCAGCACUUGAUGGGCUGAAGUUAUUCCGAAUACCUUCCUACCAGGGUGGAGUGCUAGCAACUUUCCUGGGCAAAUACGCCUGGUAUGAAGAAUAUCCAACGACUCCACCGUCUUUUGUACUUAACGGAUUUAUCUACUCACUGCUGGGAUUGUACGAUUUAAACUCGACGGCACCCACAAAUCUUUCGCAUGAAGCAGCCGCCCUGCUGGGCCAGGGCAUGAUUUCACUGAAGAAGAUGCUGCUGCUGUUCGACACCGGAUCUGGCACCAGUUACGAUUUACGGCAUUUUACUCUGGGCAUCGCACCAAAUCUAGCCCGAUGGGACUAUCACGCAACGCACGUUAACCAGCUCCUGCUACUGGCCACCAUCAAUCCGGAUCCGAUGAUAGCACAAACGGCUGAACGGUGGAAAAACUACAUGCUCGGGAAACGAGCUCAGCAUAAUUAGUGCGUACUAAGUGCAGCUGUCGGAUAACAACGUAAGCAAACAAAUGGCUCUUCCUCUUCCUUCUAAUGCCUUACACACACACAAACAUACACAGCACGGCACCGACCGUGCGCGAAAAACAAAUUGUCGACCUAGGGAUAACAACAUUUGAUAAGUUGCAGAACCCUUCAAACCAAGUGUUCCCAACAACAUUGUAAUUAAGUUUACGAUUUUUUUUUUAACGAACAAUCAACAUCAAGACAACUGUACAUUCUAAGCUUUUUUCUUCAUGAGUCUCCUUGAAGGCAGUCAUCAAGAAAAGCAUCCAGCGUUCAUUGAAAUUAUACAAAGGGAACCAGUGCAUGUUAUUCGAAGUAAACAAUGUCUACUUGUGCACAACCUGGAAUAACAAGGUUUUCAAACGAAUACGCAAUGGAAACCGUAACCUAGUAGAUUCACAUAUAGUAGGUAGCCUUUACACAGACACGUGGAUAUAUAGAAUAUUAGUUUAGAAAAUAAAAAAAACACUGGAAAUGAUAGUGAUUGUGAUUGAUACUGUUGCCGAGAUAUAGGCAUCUUCUGUAGACUUCGAUGAGUUGUGUAACUAUGGAAUAGGUUUGAAGCAAACGGAUGUACAGGCAAGCAGUUAAAAUUUAAAUCCGCUAUUGGCAACCUGAAUCUAAACUAGCUAACUAACAGCUAGCUGCUAUGGACAGAAGACCACUAAGAGACUUACUUUCUUGCCGUCAAUUGAAAGAGCUUUCGUUAAUAUUUAUUUUUGUAAACGUAGUGCUGAACCAAUGCAAAGCUAGCUAUUAUUAUUAAUUGUUAAGCUAUCCUCGGGCACCUCCUGUUAAGCAUAUCAUAAUUUAUUAACCGAUCUGUUUUGAUAAAGUGCAACUUUUCUAGGUGUAAGUUUGUUUUUAGUUUAAGCAUUCUAAUUUACAUCUUAUCAAUAAGGCUAGGAAAAAGACCCUGCUGCGUAAAACAAAUCGUUUAUUGGUCGUUCAUGAUGCAAACCACAACUUUAGAGAGCUUGUAAUAAAAAACUACAAAAUAUUCAUUUUGAGGGAUGAAAAAAAUCAGUCAAAAUACUUAUAACACAUUGCACAAAUCGUAAGAAUUGCUCGUCUAAGCAGACAGCACCAAAGGAUGGAACUGUUGUGGGAAGUAUGCUAAUCGUUAGAGCUCGAGUGAUUUGUUGUAGUAGAAAGUGUAGUGAUUUUUCUACGGUGAAAUUGAGUUUAAAACUAUGAGAAAAAAACCUUUUGUAAAAUUUGAAACUACUGUUUACUGUCUAAUCCGUUUGUUGAUUUUUAUUACACAAGCUAUACGGAAAAAAAUCACAGUGAAAUGUUCCUCCAAAAGUUUCGAACCAUUCCUUAGUAUAACAGUGAGAACUAGAGGGGAAAAAGUCUAUUACUGCUAUUACCACUAUAAUAUUCAUGAAAACAAAUAGCAAGCUUUCUCGCUCGAAUAAUCGGUCCUUAUUGCAAGUGUCACAACGCGCCGACCCUGAGAGCUCGCAGCAUAAGCGAGUGAUACUCGAAAUUAAGGACCAACACAAAAUCCAAAAGACUGUCGAUAACUACGAAUUACGUUACGUUCUAUUCUUAACAGUAGAGUGAAAAAACGAAGCUUGAGUUUCCCUUCAGUUAAACUGAUUCGGUAGCCACAGUAGAGACCGUAGAAUGGUUGUUUAUUUUUCUAUAGGUUAAUACUAUAAAUAUGUUGUAGCUUGUUAUAUCAGAGGACAAUAAAACUCUCUUAAAUAAUAACGAUUGUAGAAACAUAGCAAGUGUCAACAAUAUCCUUUUCUAAAAAUGAAGCACAAAACUGGUAAACACGGCAAUUUUCGAUAUUUCUUGCGUUCAGUAGAUUUCGUGAAGAAUGUAUUAUAGUGACCGGAAAAUGCACAGUAGUUGAUUGCCUAUUGUAAGUACAGCAAGACGGUUGACAAAAGAAGACAGCAUUAUCACACUAAAAAUGCAAUAAUGUAACAACAUGCACGUUUCACUAAUUACACUCAAUUCACCGCUACACAACAACAGAAAUAAUAAGGACUGAGGGUGGCCAACGCUCUUCAGAAAGGGAUAACAAACUAGUCGUGCAUGCUCUUUCCGAUUGUUUCGCGGCUUUAAACCGGUUUCAGUUAAUCAAACCAGUUCUUCCUAGAAAGCUUUUCCCAUCACUAUACGACUACAAUUAGUCCAUCUAAUUCCGACUACAAUUAGCAUUAUCUGAACACCACCAACUAUUGGUGGUGCUUUGAUAUUUUGUUUCCUUACCACCCUUCUGUAGAACAUCGAACCACCUCAAUUUUAACACACAUAAACGAUGGUUUUGUGUUACUAAUAAACCACACAACAUAGGGCUGUUUGGGUUCCUAUAGAUACUGAAUAGGUACUAAAAUGCAGAAACCGAUUUCCAGAUCAACCGAACAUAGUCAAUUGUAAACUAGGCUAGUAGUAAAAAUGGACACUUUUUCGAAAACAAAAAUAAAUAAACCGAGAUUUCUAAAUAGUCAAAGAAGACAGUUUGUAACUUUAAUAUACGACCGGACAGUAAUACAUCUAUACUUUGACUAAUUUGUAUUGCAUUGUAUGAUUAAAUAUUACAAGCAAGUAAAAGCAGACACUUACAUAAGCUGCAAUAAUACAACUGCUGCAGUGAACCCAAAAUGUUCAAAUCACUACCAAAAUCAUAAACACAUGUCAAUACCCAUACAAAGAUGAAAUAAUAAAACUGUAAUGCCACAACCUGUUUUUUACAUGUUUGCAAGGGAAAGCCUCAAUAACCAGUGUCUCUGUUUCAAGUCCGGAUCAGGAUCCUUGGAUCACCAAUCAGGUCUCUGCCGUAAAGCGUUUCGAGUAACGGAGUAACUUUUUUCAAAGAUAGACUUUUUAUUAUUACACUAGCUGAACGUUCCCGGCGAUGCUCGGGAUCAAAAGUUUUAAAAUUAGAAAUCAUUUUUUAUAAUUCAUUGCAUUAUUAGCACAACUCACUUCAAAAAUAUUUCACAUCUUAUACGUCCAUCGUCACUUCAAGAGAACGCACAGAACGGAAAUACUUUAAGAGAACGCACAGAAUGGAAAUACCCAUAUUGGAUUGCAUUUUGUGAUUUUGGGAUGUUUCACAGAAACUGGAAGUCGCCAUUUCGGGAUUCAAAAUGACAUAUGGAGCUCGGAAGUUUCGCAAGUAUUGAAAUGGUUGGCCAAAUACCACUUUAGAUUAUUUUCCUGAAACCAGAAGUCGUUAUUUUGAAAAAUGUUGUGUGGGGUCAUCACUGUUCCGAAUAUACCACACUCGGGUGAUAACCGGAUAUUCGUCAAUCGUUCACAGUAAAACCUCUUUCUAUGUAACUUUCAGAAGAAAGAAAUCAAAGUAAGAAGAAUUUAGCGUGACCAUUCAUGCUUAGUUCUCCUCUAUAAUCAUAUCUAAAAAGAUAACAUUUGAAUUUUUUAUAAUGAAAAUAUUUGUUGGUGUCCAAGGAAUACGUCUGAGAAGAAGUUAACGUUUUAAUCCACAUAACUACGUAGAAAUUAAAAAAAAAAGAAUAA